AUGAAAGCGAUUCUCGCAUUAGCGGACGGGACAGUCUUUGAAGGCGAGCAGUUUGGCGCGACCGGCGAAACCGUCGGCGAAGUAGUCUUUAAUACCAGUAUGACGGGCUAUCAGGAAAUUUUGACCGACCCCUCCUACAAAGGACAGAUCGUGACGAUGACAUACCCGUUGAUAGGCAAUUACGGUUGUAACGAAGCAGACGUAGAGUCUAUCGGUCCACAGGCUUGUGAAUUUGAUUAUUCCGGAACGCAGGCGUGUAAGGCACUCAAAGAGGAAGGGUAUGAAAUUACCCUUGUCAAUAGCAAUCCUGCUACCAUCAUGACCGAUCCGGAUUUCGCCGAUCAGACGUACAUUGAGCCAAUUACAGCGGACACUGUGGAGCUUAUAAUUGCCAAGGAGCGUCCGCAAGCAUUACUGCCGACACUCGGUGGACAAACCGCUUUGAACGUGUCUGUUGAACUCGCAGAAUCUGGUGUGUUAGACAAAUAUGGGGUUGAGCUCAUUGGCGCGAAAUUGCCUGCUAUCCAAAAGGCGGAGGAUCGCGCGCUCUUCAAAGAAGCGAUGACAAAAAUCGGAUUGGCAGUUCCGCAGAGUGGUAUUGCCCACUCGGUCCAAGAUGCACUCGCGAUCGUUCAAGAGAUCGGCUUCCCCGCAAUCAUCCGCCCCGCAUUUACGCUUGGUGGUACAGGUGGCGGUAUCGCUUACAACAUCGAAGAAUACGAAAAAAUGGUCGCGUCGGGGCUUACCCUGAGUCCAAUUCGUGAACUGCUCAUUGAAGAGUCUGUCAUCGGGUGGAAGGAAUUCGAGUUAGAAGUCAUGCGAGAUGGUGCAGACAACGUCGUCAUAAUAUGCUCCAUCGAAAAUGUCGAUGCUAUGGGAGUCCACACCGGCGAUAGUAUUACUGUCGCACCUAUCCAAACAUUGACAGAUAAGGAAUAUCAACUGAUGCGGGAUUCAGCGAUUAAGAUUAUUCGUGAGAUUGGUGUGGACACAGGCGGUUCCAAUAUCCAAUUUGCUGUUGACCCAAAGACUGGCGAACAAGUCGUCAUUGAGAUGAACCCCCGUGUUUCCCGGAGUUCCGCACUUGCGUCGAAAGCCACUGGAUUUCCAAUCGCGAAAAUCGCAGCGAAGCUUGCUGUCGGCUAUAAUUUAGAUGAGAUUCCCAACGACAUUACUGCUGAGACACCUGCUUGCUUUGAGCCGACUAUUGAUUACGUCGUCGUCAAGAUUCCGAGAUGGGCUUUUGAAAAGUUCCAAGGGACCGAUGAGACACUCACAACACAGAUGAAGUCUGUCGGCGAGGCGAUGGCUAUCGGGAGAACCUUUAAAGAGGCGUUACAAAAAGGAUUGCGCUCGUUGGAGACCGGAUGGCACGGUUUAGAUAACCAUCCACUUGAUGAACUACCACUGUCUGAACUGCCAAGUAAGUUGAUCAUUCCGAACGUCGAACGGGUCUUUUAUAUUAAAGCUGCCCUUGCACGUGGGAUGGGCAUUGACGAAAUUCACGCUUACACACACAUCGACCCAUUUUUUCUCUACAAUAUAAAGGAAAUCGUUGAUUUUGAAAACGUUUUGUCCGAACCUGAUACCCGACAAUAUAUAAAUCAACAUUUACAAAAUCCUGAAACAGAUGGAGAGUUCACGAAAAAACUCCUGCAACAAGCAAAACAGUUUGGGUUUUCGGAUCGGCAGUUGGCGGACAUUUACGACGUCCGCGAAGAAACCAUCCGCGAAUGUCGGAGGAGACUCGGCGUUGAUGCAACUUUCAAAACUGUUGACACUUGUGCUGCGGAGUUUGAAGCAGAAACGCCUUACUAUUAUUCUACUUUUUCAAGUGAAGAUGAGGUGCGCCCAUCAGAUAAACCCAAAAUCAUGAUUCUUGGUAGCGGUCCGAACCGUAUUGGGCAGGGGAUCGAAUUCGACUACUGUUGUGUCCAUGCCGCCCUUGCACUCAAAGCCGAUGGUUAUGAGACCAUCAUGGUAAAUAGCAAUCCGGAGACCGUUAGUACCGAUUAUGACACAUCUGAUCGACUCUACUUUGAGCCGUUAACCUGUGAAGAUGUUCUAAAUAUUUAUCACAAAGAAAAACCGUCUGGGGUCAUUGUUCAGUUUGGUGGACAGACCCCGUUGAACCUUGCGAUCGCGCUCAAAGAUGCUGGCGUCCCGAUAAUCGGCACGAGUCCUGAGGAUAUAGCCCGUUCCGAGGACCGGCGUCUUUUCAAAGCAGUUUUAGACGACAUCGGGUUAAUGCAAUCGCCUAAUGGAACUGCGACAUCGAGUGAGGAAGCUGUCCCUAUUGCUGCGGCACUCGGCUACCCCGUUAUCGUUCGUCCGUCGUAUGUUUUAGGCGGACGUGCCAUGCAGAUCGUUUACGAUGAAGAGCUCCUGCACGAAUACAUGCAUUCCGCUGUUCAAGCUUCACCUGAACAUCCUGUACUCAUUGAUAAAUACCUUGAAGAAGCGAUUGAAGUCGAUGUUGAUGCAAUAUCCGAUGGAAACCUUACCGUUAUCGGUGGCAUCAUGGAGCAUAUUGAGGAGGCUGGUAUCCAUUCAGGGGACAGUGACUGCGUGUUGCCACCUUAUACGCUCGUGGAUGAACAGAUUGAGAAUCUCAAAACCUUUACCUAUGCCUUGGCGAAAGCCCUGCGUGUACGUGGCUUGAUGAAUGUCCAAUACGCGAUAAAGAACGAUGAGAUUUAUGUGCUUGAGGUGAAUCCGCGUGCAUCCAGAACCAUUCCAUUUGUUAGUAAAGCCAUUGGUGUGCCAUUAGCAAAACUCGCAGCACGUGUGAUGGCUGGCAAGACCCUCGCUGAGCUUGGAUUUACGCGCGAAAUUGAACCGGCGUAUUUCAGCGUCAAGGCUCCUGUAUUUCCUUUUAACCGCUUCCCCGGCUCAAAUACGCGCUUGGGGCCUGAGAUGAAAUCGACUGGGGAGGUCAUGGGAAUUGAUACUGAUGUUUCCCGCGCCUUUGCCAAGGCACAAAAGGCGUGUGGUUAUACUUUACCGAUCAGCGGUAAAGUCUUCAUCAGUGUCAGAAAUAAAGACAAGCGUGCCAUUAUCUUCAUCGCCAAGAAACUGACCGACAUGGGAUUUGAGCUUAUCGCUACGCACGGAACGGCAAAGGUACUACUUCGCAACGGAAUGGAGUCAGAGCUGGUCUUCAGUAUCGGUAAAGGGAGACCGACGAUUCAUGAUUACAUCAAAAAUCAUGCGGUGGAUCUAAUUAUCAACACACCGACCGGUGAUUUACAUCGUCCUAAUGAACUCCUAAUUCGCGAAAUGGCGAUAGCCCAUGAUAUCCCGAUCUUCUCAACUAUACCCGGUGCGUCUGCGGCUGUUAACGCUAUUGACGCGUUGCAGCGAGGAGAUAUUACAGUCACGCCACUCCAGGAUUAUUUUCAGAUGCUUUAA